AUGGGUGCUACAAAUGCCAACACUCCAAACAUUCCUGGUAGCAUAGGUGGAAAGCCUUUUUUUUUUGUAAAGGAUGAAAAUGUUGAAUCUCCUGCUACCUAUUCUGCUGCAAAUGUUCCUGGUAGCACUGAUGGAAAGCCUUUUCUUGUAAAGGAUGUGAAUGUUGAAUCUCCUGGCGUUUACUCUUCCAGUAGGCCUGUUCAGAGUGGUGGACAACUAACUUCCGUAGGAGCAGAAAGUUCACAUUUGUCAUUACUCGGAAAUUCUACAACUGGAAAGUCAUCUAUGAGAAAGUUUCAUCCUUCUGAUGAGCAGCAUGUAAAUUCAUCCAAGCCUGGGAUUUCAAGUUCUGAUUCGUCAAAGCAGUUUGGCAAUAUUAAUGAGAUGACCAAAGAACUGGAUCUGCUUUUGAAGUCAGUAGAAGAGGCUGGAGGCUUUAGAGAUGCUUGCAAUCAGGUCACUACAAAGUUCAAUUGA